AUGGGUUUCGGUGGCCCUCCUAGAGGACGCGGUGGAUUUGGUGGUGGUGGUCGCGGCGGCGGUCGCGGUGCUCCUCGUGGCGGCGGUGGUGGCCGUGGUGGUGGCAGAGGUGGUUUCGGUGGUGGUGCUCCUCGUGGCCGCGGCGGUGGUGGCCGUGGUGCUCCCCGUGGAGGUCGUGGUGCUCCUCGCGGCCGCGGCGGUCCUCGUGGAGGAGGUGGUGCUAGGGGUGGUGCCAAGGUUAUCAUUGAACCUCACCGUCACGCCGGUGUUUUCGUUGCCCGCGGUGGUAAGGAAGAUUUGCUCGUUACCAAGAACUUGACCCCCGGCGAGGCUGUCUAUGGCGAGAAGCGCAUUGCCGUUGAGGGUCCCGCGGCGGAAGAUGGUGCCGUCACCAAGACCGAAUACCGUGUCUGGAACCCUUUCCGUAGUAAGCUGGCUGCCGGUAUCCUCGGUGGUCUUGAUGACAUCUACAUGCGCCCCGGCUCCAAGGUGCUCUACCUUGGUUCCGCCAGCGGUACCUCCGUCAGUCACGUUGCUGAUAUCGUUGGACCUACUGGAAACGUCUACGCUGUCGAAUUCUCCCACCGCUCCGGCCGUGAUCUGAUUGGCAUGGCUACUCACCGCACGAACGUUAUCCCCAUCGUCGAGGACGCCCGUCACCCUCUGCGUUACCGUAUGCUCAUCCCCAUGGUGGACGUCAUCUUUGCCGAUGUUGCCCAGCCUGACCAGGCCCGUAUUGUCGGCCUGAACGCCCACAUGUUCCUGAAGUCUGGCGGUGGUGUGAUCAUCUCCGUCAAGGCCAGCUGUAUCGACAGUACGGCCAAGCCCGAGGUUGUGUUCGCGCGUGAGGUGCAGAAGAUGAGAGAUGAGAAGAUCAAGCCAAGGGAGCAGCUGACCCUGGAACCUUUCGAGCGAGACCACUGUAUCGUCUCUGGUGUCUACAGUCGUUCCGCAUAA